UGACACAGGAGACUGAGGAGAGGCAUGAUAGGCGCUCAGAGGAGGAAGCAGGGCACCAGAUCAGGGACUGCUGGGGUAUAACGUGGGUACAGCCUGCCCUCUGCCAGACACCUGCUAGACACCUGCUCCUCAUGCAUUGCGCACGGGCUCUCCAUCCUGCUCACUCUGCACUAGGGAUCGGACGGUGACUCCUCGCCCCCAGCUGCUUGCCCAGGGAUUACACGGAUAUUAAAGAAUCUGCCUGUCCCCGCACAGACCGGAAUCAAUGGGUUUAACACCGGGUGCCGUGUGUGCCAUGCUGCUCAGGAUUGGCACUGCCUGGCUGCUGCUGUCUGCAGGUUUACAUGCAGACUCGUCAACAACUGCAAGCCUCACUGAAUCUGACCACACCACAGAGCAAGCGAAGAUCACGGUUGCGGUUUCUCCUACCACAUUACCUAUUAGUCCCACCCAUGUUUCAGAACCACUUAAUAACACCACACAGCCCGUUAUAAAUGAGAAUACCACAUCAGUCAAACCUACUGAUAAGGACAUGACUAACAAGACAGAUGCCCUCAUAAAUACUCCUCAUGUUGUAGAAACCACUUCUGUUACCUCUCCAAUCACAACAACAGUAUCAAGUAAUGAGACUACAAUCUCACAGAACAAUACAACUGCAAAUGAAUCAAACACGUCGGCCAAUACUACAACUUCAGUAAGCGAGACAGUCACUACCGUGUCAGCUACCACAGCUUUAACAAUGAAUUCAAGUACUGUUCCUUCAGAUGAAAGUUCUCAGUUGACUACAACAGAGAGUACAACUAAAGCAGAAUCAAACACUGUGCAUUCAGUAACUACUGAAAAAGAAAAUGUAACUCAUACUGUCACCACAACAGCAAAUGCAAAUAUUACAAAUACUGCUCAAGUGGACAGCACUGUACUGGUAACAUCCAAGACACAACCAACACAGAAAUUGCCAGAUGCAUCUACGAAGAAAGAGGAAAGCAAACCAACCAAUGUCCCAGCUCCACCUACAAGUCCAAGUACAGUUACAUCUGCCAUCAAACCCGUUAACACUGAUGGAACUCCUGUUUCAUCCAAUGAAGAGCAAGUGAAAGCUCUAAGUUCAGGAAGUGUUGCUGCUAUUACAGUAAUUGCAAUUGUGAUCGUCUUGAUUAUUUUUGGAGGAGUUGCAUUUUGGAAAAUUAGGCAUUCAUCAUACGGACGUUUAUUGGAAGAUCAAGACUAUGGUUCCCUGGGAAAUUACAACAAUCCUCUCUAUGACGAUUCUUGAAAAAACAAUGUUGAACAGACUCCUAAAAGACUGAUAUCAGGAUGAUUGAGAACACAAAAAUGCUAUUGCUGUUGUUGUGCAGGCUCAGGCCAGCUAAAAUGCUUUAACUAUUAAUUCUCUGACAAGCUAAAAUGACAUGUAAUGCUUCACGUCUGCCAUACAGGGAAAGAAAAAAAAUUUAUAAAUACACACUGGAAAUAGAAACUACAUUUGUAUAUGAACUAUAAACUACGCAAACGCAUACUGCUAUUAGUUAACACAAUCAUUGCGACAUAAUGUAUAUCCAUUCAUCAAAACGCAUGAAAAGUAGCUUUGUGCAUCACAAUGAGCAUUAUAUUAAUGAUUGUGCCAUGAUAUGAUGUGUGAAUGGCAACAAAAAUAUAUCAUUUCAUUUACCAUACUGCAUUCCUGUACUCUUCAGCUUAAUUGAUGGCUUUUAAAUUGAUAUCGGUAUCAGUAAAGUUCAAUUUAAAUAAGGACCUGUCAGAUUCCCAUAUUUUCACUUUGCUGCAGGCAUCAAUUUUGAUCUUAUCAAUACUUGUUUUGGUGGAAAAUAAUCACCUUCAGAAAAAUAAAUGAGAAGAAAAAUAUUCACUCAAGAGAAAAAAUGAGUGAUUAUUAUGAAAACAUUUUUACACAAGGAAUAGCUGAGUUGGAGGUAAAAUAUUUUUUGACUAAUAGCAAAUAUCUUUAAUUUUCUUACAUAAUCAUAUUCAAAUUAAAAAAGAAAAGUUAUUUUAAGGAUAGUUUUUCUAUUUUUUUUUUCAUUUUCUUAAAAUUUUAAAUAAAAAUUAAAUGGUAUCAUAACAAUCCAAGGGCCAAACCCGUUAUAAAACUUUCUCUUGUAUUUAAUGAAAGUAGUAAUGAAUACACAAUAAGGAAGAGUAGAAACAACCUCUAAGAAAAAAAUAAAAAUAAAUGAGGUGCACAUUCAAACAAAUAACUAAAAAUAGAACUGAUUAAAUAAUGAUACAGAGAUACAGAGAGGGCUAUUGCGAAAUAUGUCUAUGCUGUAUUUCCACAGAAUUUAGAACACAGCUUAACAUGCAAUGUAUCAUGCAAUGAUAGAAUAAAUCUGAAAGAAAAAUAUAUGUUAAUAUGGUCCACAUCUGAAAACUCAUAUGAAAUAAUACUUUUACUAGGAUGGAAAAACUACUUAUUUACAGCGUCCAACAAAUAGAUUAUUACUUUCUUUAUUAUAGAUCACCUCACAACAAUCUAAUAUCAGUAUAUAAGAUGAUCUAAUAAAUGACCACAUACAUAGACUACUUAUAAAACUACCAAUACAGGUCUGUUUUAUGCCAAAAAAAUGGUAAAGCUUGCAAGAUGACAUGGCUUCCUAAUCUAUUGUAUUCAUUUUUGAAAUUGUUAUCCAAAAUAUCUGUUAAUGUGAGCUUUAACAGCAGCCACAAACAUCACAUUCAUACAACAUCUUUUUGCACAGUAUCUAUCAGUCGCGUACACCACAGGCUGUUAUUGCACAUGCAAUGAUCAUCAAACAUCCCCAUAACAUAUUGAAAACACUGGAAAUAUUUGGAUUACUAUAUUAGUGUGCCUUGUACAUUGAAACAUACCUUACAUUAAGGGGUAGAUUUAUGUAGAUGCUGAAUUUUUUUGCCUUCAAGUAUUCUAAGAAAGUUUUGAAAGAAUUGUGAUUUAAAAUGAUAAUUUCUCCACAUUCUUUGUAAAAGCUUCAUUUUAAAUUAAUAUAUUCUAAUUACAAUUCACAUGAAAUUUUAAGUAUAAACAUUAUUAUUGUAGUAAUGAAACAAGCACGAAAUUGAAAAGAAUGCAUAAAAAUGUGACUAAUAAUGGUCAGUGUGAAGUAUAAUGAAACUAAUUGUGAAUAUGUCAUAAAUGGUUUGCCAUUUCUUUGAAAUUUCAGCAAAUAAAUUGUUGACACUUA